CUCGGAAAACAGAAAUUUAAAAAAAAAAUGGCGUCAAACUUCGGAGAGAAGAGAAGUCGGAGAAGAAAUUCUAUUUCUGACGACGAAACGGAAGAAACAACUAAAAGAUGGAAAAGGGCUUUCAGAAUUUUUUUGAACCACAGAAGGGAAAAGCUGGCAAUGAAGAGAACAGUGCUUGUUCACUGGGAAGACUUGAGUGAAGGUUUCCUUGUGAGAGAGACAGAGGAGAUAGUGUCCAGAGCACUGGAAGGCGAGGGAAUGAUGUACUACUCAGGGGACAUGUUUGAUAGCUGGUUUUAUUUCAGCCCAGUGGAAAGGAGAGAUGAAGGCUGGUAUAAAAAGAAUACAGACACAGAUUUAUUAAUUGAUGAGAAUGUGAUGACAGAUAUCCAUCAUUUGACAAUGGCAUUUAAAACAGCACAACUAGAGGAACUCCCUGAAUCUUCAGAAAGGAUGCAGAAUCUGCAAGCAGGUUCACCCUGUUUAAUCAGUCAAACAGAAGAAUCUAUAGUGUGUCCCUCUGAUAUAGCAAAAUUUUACUGGGAGGCCAGAGCUCAGGGCUUUCAGGAUUUGAGAGGAAAACUAUUUACCGUGUCUCUCCUUAGGAUGCUGUUCACAGGAAUAGACAAUGUUAAUGUAACCUACUCUACCACAGGACCAGAUUCUUUCCUGGAUCGGAGUGGGUAUAUCUUAAAAGGCCCCACAGAAGAACAGUCCUGUGACAGUGCUGAUCAAUUCAAAUUGAACACAGAGUUAAGUUCUAAAGAGAAAUACAAGAUGUUGUUAAAAAAUCAGAACACAGUCGCAUUUGACUUGAAGGAAACUUCUCAAAAAGUGACACCUGAUGUUUCUGUCACUAUUGGGAAUUAUUUAGUUUUGAUUGCUGAUGUGGCUAGUUUUUGUGAACUUGAAAGUAGAAAAAUACAGGAACUCCAUCUCAAAAUGCUGUUAAGCCUGAACAAAUGUGGGACUCUGUUUGGUUUGUUAGUACAAAGACAUCAGGUUUAUGUUGUGGAAUACACAUAUGAACAUGAAAGUGGAUACAGAAGAUGUGUCAGUCAAACAGCAUUCAAAUACACAAAGAAAGAUAUUGAACUUCUAUAUUGUUACUUACAGAAGCAAGUGAUAGAAAAAUGGUGUGAUAAAAAUUAAAUUUCUGUGGUGAUUUAAAGACAGAUUUUGCUAUAAAAUUACUUUAUCAACUUUUCAUUCGAAAGUGAUGAGAACUUUUCAGUCUUCAUUUAUAAUCAAUACAGUGAAGUGAUUUUGUGUGUGCUCUUCAAAGUUUCCGUGUAAAACAAAGACACGGUAUAUGUUUGUUUCUUUUAUCAUGUUAUAAAAAAGUCAGAAUUGGUAGAAAAGCUCUCUUCCUUUUUAAUUUUAACUCCACUCCUAUGAAAAAACUGAUAACAUCAAAAUUAAAGUUUUUUCUAAGUGUU